AUGUCGAAGAACCGAAUGCCCCUUUACCUCGUCCUCGCUGGCGCAGGCGCAGGCGGUUACUACCUCUACCGAUCGGGCGGCAAUGUCGACGGUGCCAAGAAGGAGAUGAAGAUUGACGCCGAGAAGGCCCGCGAGAAGCUGCCCCACGGUAACAAUGCACAGCAGGCGGGCGCCAACUUCGGCAAGGAGGCCGGUGCCAACAUCGAUGAAGCUGUCAACAACGCCCGCUCCAAGUUCAAGCUGGACGAGAGAAUCCCUGAGGCGGCGGAGGACGGAAAGAAGAAGUUCAGCGACCUUAGCCAGGAAGCCCGGAACAAGCUCAACGAGGGCAUUGACAAGAUGGAUCGCACUGUUGAGCAGAAGGCUGCGGAGGCCAAGGGGACUGCUUCUGGCUGGUUCUCAGGCAAGAAAUAG